AUGUCAGCCACCACGGAGCAGACCAGCGAGAAGCAGCCCUCCCAGCUGCCGGAGUGGGAGCAUGAGGCUGCUGGCAACAGUCGAGAUGGCCGCCAGAACAUCUCGACAAGAGGCUCGACGAAGGCUGCGAUGUCCGCCAAGCUGGACAGGAUGAUGCCGCCGCAUAGGAAGUAUCUUGGGAUGCGCAGGAAUGUCCUCCUCUGGGUGCUGCUUGCGAUUGUGCUCGCGCUUUUGGCGCUGAUCAUUGGCCUGGCAGCUGGCCUGUCGUCUAGUUCUGGCGGCCAAAACCUCCCUCUCCCCAGCAACACCGAAGACUUCGUCGGCGACCUCACAUACUACGAAGCCGGCCUAGGCGCCUGCGGCGAGGUCUCCGACCAAGACGACAACAUAGUCUCGAUCUCGCAUUACGUUUUUGACGCGGCAGGCUCGUCGACAGAUACCGGUGGGAAUAGCAACGCCAACCCGCUGUGCGGAAAGAUGAUCCGGGCGGCCAGAUACGAUGAACAAUACGGCGAGCGGAGGAGUGUCGACCUGAAGGUGGUGGAUAGAUGUACGGGUUGCGAGCCGGAUGAUAUCGAUACCACGCUUGGGGCAUUUGAGAAGUUGGCAGAGCAGGAUCUCGGGAGGGUUGAUGUGACUUGGGCAUGGCUGGAGCCUGUGGCUACUGGGAAGUGA